AUGGUUGGGAAGGCCAGAUCUUCUAAUUUUACCUUAUCUGAAAAGCUUGAUUUGCUAAAACUUGUGAAGCCGUAUGUUAAAAUUCUUGAAGAACAUACCAAUAAGCAUUCAGUAAUAGUGGAAAAAAACAAAUGCUGGGAUAUCAUAGCUGAUAACUACAAUGCCAUCGGAGUAGAUCGUCCUCCUCGUACUGCACAGGGCCUGCGCACGCUGUACAAGAGGCUCAAAGAAUAUGCCAAACAGGAGCUAUUGCAGCAAAAGGAGACCCAUUCAGAUUAUAAAAGCAGCAUUUCUGAGCCAACCAAGAAAGUUGUGGAGAUGAUUCCACAGAUUUCCAGUGUGUGUUUAAGAGACAGGAGCAGUUUUCAAAGUGCUAACAUAGAUAAAGAAACAGUUGCUGGUACCAGUUCCCCACAAGCAGUGUUGGAUCACCAUCCUGCCACUGUCACAAUGGAGUUGGAACCAGAAGAGGAUGUCAAACCUCCUCCUUCCUUGGCUGUAGAUUCACAGCAGAGUGAGGACUUAGAACAAGGAGAAGAACACCAAUUGGUGCAUGUUAUGGAGAGAUCUCCUUCAACUUCACUGUCUUCUGUUGAUAUGAGAAUGAUGUUAUCUUCAUCUCCCAUCCCAAGAAGAGAUGAUUUUUUUAGGCUUGAGGUUGGAGAACGCUUUAGGCCAGCGUGUGGGUAUGAGCCACAGAUGUUGCAAAUGCUGAAAGAGGAGCAUCAGAUAAUCUUGGAAAAUCAAAGAAAAAUUGGGCUUUACGUCCAAGAAAAGAGGGAUGGCUUGAAAAGAAAGCAGCAGCUGGAAGAAGAGCUAUUGAAAGCAAAAAUCAAAGUAGAGAAGCUGAAGGCAAUAAGACUACGACGUGAUCUGCCAGAAUACAACAGUCUUUAA